AUUAUAGGUUGUCAAAAUGAAACAUUUUAAAGGCAAAUUUUGACAAAUAAUAAAAAGUGUAAAUAAAUAAUGAUAUUCAUAGGCCGAUUAAUUGUUUAUGUGUUAGAUUUAAACGUAUUUGCAGAUCAGAAAUUUAUAGAUUUAUAGAUAAACUUGAGAAUGUUGAGAAAAUUAUUUGAUUAAAAACUUGUUGCGUUGGACCAGUUUACAAAAAUAAUCAUAUUAAGUCAUUUCUAGCGUUAUCAAUUGAAAUGUACUCAUUGAAACGCCGUGUAAUAAGUUGAUUUAUCGCAUCUUAGUCACCGAUGCCUAGAACUUCGUUUUCCAAAAGAUAACUACAAUGAAAUAAUGAAAAUAUUCUCAACAUGGAGGAUGGAGCAGCUAUAGCUUCUACAUCCAGUGAAACAAAAGUGGAAAAAAUGGUAGCCAGCACUACUAAUAAUGCUGCAAGAAAAGUGAUACUUGUGGAACGAAAAAAACAAAUUGAAGAAAAACUAGCAAAAUGCAACCACGACCUCAGAGCAUUAUGUAUUCAGGAAGCAGAGCUGACUGGAAUCACUCCCCCAGAAAUGCCAUUGGAAAUAGGAGAAACUCCUCCAACAAUAAGAAGAAAAGUAGGUACCGCAUUUCAACUAAAUGAAAACCUCGUAAAUAAUAGCAAUAAGGACCAGUUGGUUACUAACUUGGAGCUGGAGAUUCAGUUACAUAUGAAAUUGAGAGAUGCGGCCUUAGGCUUAUCUGGUGAAGGAAACAUAAGUAAGACUGUUAAAAGACAACACCGAGCAGAAUAUCAAAAACAUAAAGAACAAGUGAAGGCUCUAGAAGAGAAGCUUGCUUUACUGAAGGAAAAGACAGCAUUCGAACAAAUAAAGCAGAAGAAAAAGUCAAGAAUUCCAGAUCCACAAGAUGAUAACAUAUCUGUAAUAACAAAUGAAGCCUAUUCAACACUCGAAAGUCGACAGAAUCAUAUCUCUAACAAACAUGGUUUAAUUAUGCUCAGUCCAACAGAUACAUACCCAGAGUCGAGAUAUCCUCCGAGUACUUCCAGACAGUCUCAUUACAGCAGAAAUUCUGAAAGUAUUCCCGUGCAGUAUGCUAAACCAGAUGAAUUGCUGACUGCUGGAUUUUACCGAUUAAGUGUAAACGGAUAUAAUGAGUAUAUUGAAAGCCAAGAAGAAAUUACCAGUGUUCCACAUUAUAAUUAUCCAAUCCAAAACUUUGGUUAUAGCUAUCCCCAUUCAUCGCAUAGUCAGUCCUUGCUAAUGCAACAACACAGUCCAUCUGCUGCGUCUCAAAAUAGUUCACAGCUGUCCCAGCAUAGUCCGCAUUUAUCACAAAGUAUUCAAUAUUUGCCGCAUCAAAACCUUCAUUACCCUCAGCAUAGUCCAUUAUUAUCCCAACACAGCCCAAUGCCUCAACAGGGUUCAAUCUCCCAACAAAGCCCUCAAACGCAAAGGAAAAGCCCACAUUUAUCCCAAAGUCCACUGUCUCAACAUAGCAUGUCAAUGCAAAGAUCUUCUCAAAAUUUUUCGAGAAUCAGCCAACAAUACGUUCAAAUGCGACAGUCUAGUCCUACAAGUCACAAUAAAGUUCAAUAUUAUUCUUCUCACACAAUUCAUGGAGAACCUAUGUAUAACAGGUAUACCGUUGAUGCUAGUGGUUAUCGAAAUUCGUCAGAUACAAUGCACUUACCAUAUCCACAUCCUAUACAACCUCAUCAACAAUAUGAAAAUAAUGGCAUGAGCUCAGGAUUAGGUGGUUCAUGGAAACGAUCUGAAUCAGGACAAAUGUAUUGGGUUUAUUCUUCUAACACGUUGGAUAGCAAUUGGCAAAGAGAUAAAAGAUUUGGAAGUCUAGAUAGAAGAAAAAAUAAGAGAGUGCAAAGGAGAAUAUCCCCGAUAGACAGUAAAUCUGCCACUCUUGCUACAGUUCCAACUCACAGCGAUCAAAUGAGCGCUACAUUUGUUAAACCUCAGGUCGCAAAUAGAAGAUCCCAGGAUCAUAGACAGCUAGUGAGAACUCAAUCCUUAGGAAGUGUAGGACAGACAAUUGAUAGUGUAUAUCCUAGUGAUGACACUUCGUCUUGUGAAAGUGACAACCGCAGUUUUAAAGAUGUUCGUGGCGUCCGAAAACAGAAGGAAAAAGAAUGGUUGGAGACUUCCCUAGAUGGGCCAAUAUCGCCAACAUCUGUAACAUCGCGCUCACAGUCAACUCUGCCUUCAUCAUUUGAAGAAAAAUAUGUUGCACGCACACCACCUCCUCCACCACCACCACCUCAAUUAUCACCUCAUGUAUCUCCACAGAAGAGUCCAAUGUUGCACCCCAUACCAGUGCAACAUAUCCAGCAUAGACAAAGAAAUCCAUCACCUCUACAAUCGCCUCUUUCCCCAAAACCCCUGUUGGAAAUUCCAGCCGAAUCUAAUCCGUCUCCCAGAGUACCUGAACCGCCCAAUCUCGAACUUUUGAAUAACAAUAUUCCCAAGAAUUGUACCAUUGUGCAAGCGGGGGUUGUAAAGCCGUAUCAUGAAGAAACCAAGCCGUUUGAAAUGUCCGAUUUUUAUAAAUAUUCAACAAAGUUUAAGAAAUCGCCCCAAAAGGAACUGGAGAAGGGAAUUAGUCAAGCACCAGCAACUACCGUGUGCCGCCAGAACUUAAAUGACAACUUUGAGGAUUCGAUUAAUAUGAAUCGAUACCCUGUUCGAGUACAACAACAGUAUAUGCAGCACAGUUCUGCUAGAGAAUCAGGUACAACCCAAAAUUUGAAUAACAGUCUCGAUCUGGCGCAAAUAGGGGUAUCUGAACGAUUUUCCGAAGAAAUGAACGCUUGGUACGAAGAUCAAGAGAAUCAGAGCGAGAAUAAUAAUGCCAGGUCGUCGAAAAGUCGAUCCAGCGCUACUUUAGUUUAACUGUUUCGUAUUUAAAAUUGUUAAGUAAUUUACAUGUUGCAGUUUGUCUUGCUUUGUUUUAAAUAAGCUAAAUCAAGUACUAGUUUUGUUCAUUGAUUUUUUUUAAGCCAGACGAGCGCAUAUAAAAUAAACUGUUUAAAAAGUUUCUUGCUCAAAAUUGUUGAUAUUUCUUAUAUCCUUGUUAAUAAAGUUGUUUAGGUCUGGACUUGUAUGUCCGGGGUUGUCUAUAUGUGAACAGUACAAUGCAAUAAAAUAUAACAAUAAAAAGUAUGAAAUCCUGUAUUUUAACAAGAUUUUUUAAAUAUUACUCUGUACUAUAUUUUUAUAUAAAAGAUUUAAUAGUUAUAAGAAAGUGUUAUAUUUAUAUAUAUCUCUAUGCAUAGGAAAGAUCACCAAAUAGUUUCAUAUAUGAUGAUACUACAACAUUGUUUUUUAAGUGGCGUUUAUAAUGUUACGUACACUUAUGUUAACAAUGAAAGAAUAGCCGAUUGUUGAAUAUAUUUGUUGGAGAAACAUUAUUUCAUAUAUUUGGCAAUACAGUUUUCAAUCAUGAAAAUUGUUGCAGACUUUCAACAAUAUCGCUACAUGUUAAGUGCUUCAAAGUUUGGCUACGCAUUUUGUAUGAUUUUAGUGCUUAUUUUAUAUAGGGAAUAUGUAUUUUUACUUAUGGUUAUUUCAUUUCUUUUAAAUAUUGAGCUAUCAACAGAAUUUUGAAUCAGAAGUCAUUAAACUUUUUUAUGUUAGAAUACAACAGAUAAUUUUUGACGGUGUUUUGUGUACAUAUACAUUCAUGAAUCUAGAUAAUUGCAUUUUACUUUGAUUGUUGAUCUCAAUAAUGUGAUGUGAUAACUUUUUCUGAUCAAAUGUAGACACAAAUUUAAUCAUCACAUAAUACCGUUGAAAAGUAAUUUUUAACUUUUAUUAUGUUAUUUGGCAGAAUGUGAUCGAUGUGAAGAUAGUUGUUAUGUAGUCCUGAAUGUACCUAAACAAAUUAUUUGCUCGUGCUAAUUUUCAACUAAUUUGUAUUCAUUAGAAGAAAUUUUACUUAUUUUGAUACUCAUAACGAUAUUACUAUAGAAGAAUGUUCUGGACGAUAUGCCAACUAUUCUCACAAAAGCAAGUGAAAAUUUGCUUUAGGCAUUCCUUUUUUAACUGUGUUUGUAAGACUCUAAGCAUCUUGUGCCUUGGAGAAGAUGUUUCUUCGAUAAAUCAAGUAGAGAGCGUUGUGAUUUUUAGCAAUAUAUGGACUUCUCGGACUGACCAAAGGAAUGACUAGUUUUUUACUGAUGACUUUUAUUGUACCUAAAUAAAAUAUGUUUUUUAAACAAAAGUA